GUGCUGCUGGACGGCGCCGUGGCGGAGCCUGGCGCGGCCGCUCCGGCGGGCGCCGGCGCUGCUUGCGAGGCUGGGGCGCCGCCCGCGGCGGCGGCAGAGCCGGCGGAGGAGAUCGGUCCGCUGAUGGUCUGUGAGGACGCGGGCGGCCCCUCGGGCUGCGAGACCGCCGCGGCGGCGCCCGAGCUGGCGGCGGCGGGGGCGCCAGAGCUGGCGGCGGCGGAGGCGGCGGAGCCCGUGGCGGCGGAGGCGGCGGAGGCCGUGUCCGCGGACUGGGCCGCCUUCACCCCGGAGGUCGUGUGCCGGGAGCUGUGCAUGGCCCGCACCUGGGCUGGCGGCAAGGGGGGCCAGUGCCACAGGCCUCCGGGCCGCCCAAGUGGGGCUGGAGCAGGUGGGGCCGGACGAUCGCGCCGCAUCGACAGUGCAUCGCCGACGUCACCGGAUCCAGGCGCCCGCGCGGCGCGAGCCUCUUCUGCCCAGGCCACCUCGCCGUCCGCAGCCACGGGCAGGUCGACGGCCCCGUCCCGGCGGCGAAGCUGGGGCAGUUCGUGCGGGCGGCGGCCGGCCGAGCCGCCGGGGCACGGCUGGCGGCCGCGGGCGCCCGGGCCGAGGGGCUGUCCAGCGGGCGCAGGGGGGCGCCGCG